AGAGAGAGAAGCCGUGGGUGGAAGAAAGAAAGCGAGCGAUGGACUGUUUUUGACUUGCGGCCGUUCUCUCUCUCUCAACUUUCCACUCUAGAGUCAAAAAACCGUGUACGUUUGUUUACAUUCAUAUCCUGUUACAGAUAGAUACAGAAAGGAAAAGCAGUGUGGAAAACCAAUCACAACUCUCUCUCUCUCUCUCUCUCUCUCCACACUCCAUGCAAAUCUUCGACCCACUAGCAGUAAUUGAGGAUUAAUCAUUUUUCCUCUAGUGGAAUUCAACUUUCCCACUUUAAUAUCUGAUAAAGCACAAUAAUGCUUUGAUUUAUUUCACUGUGUACCAACUUUUCAGCUCAUUUUUUUGACUGCCAAAUAAAUUUGUGGGGCUAGCCCAGGAAUCAUUGCUGCUUGUACUUUCCUAGGCAAAAAGCCAGGUGGGUUCUUGAAUUAGUGUAUAUUCGUUGUCUCAAACAAACACCAUCGUUUAGAUUGAGCGUCUUGUUGAAGAUUUGUGCUGUUAUCUUGAUCUCGGUUUUCGUGAAUGACGGAGUGUAUUGAGGAAUGAGAUGAGAAAUGAGGUUUAGGGUUUGGGAGUGGGUGAGAGAAGCGUUUCAGUGAAGAUUUAUGCUGUUAGGAUUUUUGAUGUGAUCUGGGUUUGCGUGAAUGACGGCGGGGAUCGCGGAAUGUGAUGAGAAAUGAGGGUUAGGGUUAGAGUUUGGGGGUGGGUGAGAGAUGGGUUGUGUGUUUGGGAGAGAGAUUUCGUCGCCCGGUCCGCCUAGCUCAGAGGUUGUGGUGGUGGAGAGAGAGAAGAGGGAUUUGGCAGUGCCAUCAGGGAGGAGAGAGAAAGUUAGGGUUGCAAAAGCUGAGGAAGGAGGAAGUGAGGUUCAGAAUUGUGGGGAUGAGAAGGAUGGGAGUGCAAGGCCAAGGGGGGAGAGAAGGAGGCCAAGGCCUAAUCCAAGGUUGGGUAACCCCCCAAAGCACGUGCACGGCGAGCAAGUGGCGGCCGGGUGGCCGUCGUGGCUCUCUGCUGUUGCGGGUGAGGCUAUUAAUGGGUGGACCCCUCGUCGAGCUGACACUUUCGAGAAAAUAGACAAGAUUGGUCAAGGUACGUAUAGCAAUGUGUACAAAGCUAGGGAUACUAUGACGGGAAAAAUCGUUGCGCUGAAAAAGGUUCGAUUCGAUAAUUUGGAGCCUGAGAGCGUAAAAUUCAUGGCUAGAGAGAUUUUGAUUCUGCGUCGGUUGGAUCACCCCAAUGUUGUGAAGUUGCAAGGUUUAGUGACAUCAAGGAUGUCUUGUAGUUUAUAUCUUGUGUUUGAAUAUAUGGAGCAUGAUUUGGCUGGACUAGCUGCGAGCCCAGGAAUCAAGUUCACAGAAGCUCAGGUCAAGUGUUACAUGGAUCAGCUAUUAUCAGGGCUUGAACAUUGUCACAAACGACAUGUGUUGCAUCGUGAUAUUAAGGGUUCAAAUCUUCUUAUUGAUAAUGGAGGGGUACUUAAGAUUGCUGAUUUUGGAUUGGCCUCAUUCUUCGACCCUAAUCAUAAACAGCCAAUGACUAGUCGGGUAGUUACUCUAUGGUAUAGGCCACCGGAACUUCUUCUCGGGGCCACCGACUAUGGUGUAGGUGUGGACCUCUGGAGUGCUGGUUGCAUUCUUGCCGAGCUUCUGGCCGGAAAGCCCAUUAUGCCUGGUCGAACUGAGGUGGAGCAACUACAUAAAAUAUUCAAGCUAUGUGGCUCUCCUUCUGAAGAAUACUGGAAAAAGUCAAAGCUGCCUCAUGCAACCAUAUUUAAGCCCCAACAAUCAUACAAAAGAUGCAUAGCAGAGACUUUUAAAGAUUUUCCACCUUCAUCACUGCCAUUGAUUGAGACUCUUCUCGCAAUAGACCCUGCUGAACGUCAAACCGCUACAGCUGCAUUGAGGAGUGAAUUCUUCACAACCAAACCGUAUGCUUGUGAUCCGUCAAGCCUUCCAAAAUAUCCUCCCAGCAAGGAGAUGGAUGCUAAACUGCGGGAUGAAGAAUCUAGAAGACUGAGAGCUGCUGGUAAAGCCCAUGCUGAUGGGGUGAAGAAAACUAGGACACGAGAUCGAACUGCAAGGGCUUUCCCUGCUCCGGAAGCCAAUGCUGAGCUGCAAACCAAUCUUGAUAGGCGGCGUCUAAUAACGCACGCAAACGCCAAGAGCAAGAGUGAGAAGUUUCCUCCCCCCCACCAGGACGGAUCACUUGGUUACCCCUUAGGUUCUUCACAUCACAUAGAUCCAGCCUUUGACCAUCCUGAUGUCCCAUUCAGUUCCAUGAACUUCUCCUACACAAAAACGUCCAUCCAAACGUGGUCUGGCCCGUUGAUGGACCCCGCUGCUGUAGGUGCUCCAAGAAGAAAGAAACAUCAGAAAGAUAAGAAUUCUGUUCGGACCAAGGGGAAGGAAGGAAGGGACAUAGUAUGAUACUUGGUUUUUUGAAGGGAGAUACAAUUCACGAAUUCACACGGUGCUGGAGGCUUACAUCUUAAAUACAACCCGGGAAACCUUUUAAAAUUGCAUUAAGAGGUAAAUUAUCUUGUAUGUCAUAUUUCUUUUUUCUGUCCCAUUUUUUGGAUGGUGAGAAGCUUCUCUGCGUAUUUGUAUAUGUUGUUUUCUUUUCUCUUUUGGCUUGUCGAACUCUAUAUUAGUUCAAAUUCUAAUAAAUAUGUCAAGAACAUUUAUUC